AUGUCGUUCAAUGCAAACGCAGUCAACAGUGACGAUGUGCUCUUCAUAAUUGACGCAGACUGCUGCAUUGUAGACACACACACAGCUCUAAUAAAUUGUCUGGGCGCCGUUUCUAACAUCAACGGCAGCUGCAUAUAUUCGCCGUGGAAGGACACGAAGCCGGAGGAACCACGGGAUUGUUUGAACAGUGGAUGCCCGCGCCAGGAACACCUCGACGAAGAUAAAGGUGUAAUUGGAAACGGCGUAAUUCCGCCAUCAGAUCCUAUUUCAGGUGCAAAUACGCACCAGGAAGAAACUGUAAAAAACCCGGACGAGGGUGGAUCGAAACAGCUCGCAUUGCGCAAAGAGCCUGUUCCCAAUGGAGUAGAGGACGGCGUUUGCUCGAACUGUAUCAACGGCCAACACCAGUCUGAUAAGGGUCUACUUGAACCAUCAUCUAAGGUUGCAAAGGACAGCAAGGUGUCCAGCAAAAAUCAUCAAAGAAGGUUGAGAGAGCUCACUCGCCUCAUUCGUGACGACAGCUGUAUCGCCAACGAAGUUAUUCAGGAAGCCAUUCAGGUGGCUGACUGCCUGCUCGAAGAAGCUAAAGGUGUUAAAAACGAACGAUUCGAAUCAUUAGAUUCGUCUUUCAGGGACUCAUCUGUCGCGGUGGUUCUUCGUGAUCAACAGCAAGGACUGUACGAAUCCCUACACAACAAAAACGAGAUCAACGUCACACCGUUCCAACGAUUUGUGGAGGACAUAGCACUCUCCAGUUAUCAGUCAAAGGGUGAAGCGGACGUUAUACAGAAUUUGGAAGUCGUGUUGGAAAAGUUACUCGUUGGGGCACCAAAUAUAAAAGCCUCAAGCGGGAGGGUUAUACUAUUCUCCCAUUUUCCACAGGUCAUUCGUCGUCUACUAGAAUUAGUUGACGGAAAGUUUGGGCAACGUGACGUGAAAAUCGAGGUAGCCCUUCGAGAAAACGUAGUAAGCCAUCACGCCAAUCAGUCUCGGGAAACGCAUUGCGUAUUAUACCCGGAAGAGAGCGUUGCAGUACGCAAAUUAGCUGCGGAAUUUGGCAAGGUGCAAAAAGAAGGUAUACGAGUUGUCCCCAAGGCUGCACUGUCAACGCUUCAAACGACAGGGUCAUCGACAGGAGUCGCCAGCGACAAGGUUAACCUGCAUUGCGAACCCGACUUGGAUAGUAUAAGAGGUUUGGGGGCUAUAUACGUUAAACUAAACCGUCCGUUGUAUAUAGAAGGCACUGUCGUUAAAGGGUUUGGCAGAGGCGCUGCUUUCCUUGGAAUCCCAACCGCGAAUCUGGAUUGCGAUAGCAUUCCCCACCUCGUGCCAGGUGUCUAUUUUGGGACGUGUUGGCUAAGUGGAAACUCUGAGGUUAGCGAGGAUACACCGCUUGCUGCGAUACUUUCCGUUGGGUUCAACCCCCAGUUCGACGACGCCGCUUACUCCGUGGAGCCGUACAUAUACCACGAGUUCCAGUUUUCGCUUCUAGGCCAGCGCUUAAAAUUGGCUAUUGAAGGCUUCCAACGUACCGAAGCCAAAUUUGAGUCCGUUGAAGGGCUAAGCAUAAAAUCGUACAACACUGUCAAAAUGGGUGUCAUUGAGAAGAUUCGUGAGAUUGAGGCCGAAAUGGCAAGGACUCAGAAAAACAAGGCAACUGAGUACCAUCUUGGACAACUGAAGGCCAAGCUCGCCAAGUACCGGACACAGCUGGUCGAGGCGCGUUCCAUGGGCGGUGGCAAGGGAGAAACCUUUGAAGUUUCCAAGUACGGAGAUGCCAGAGUCUGUCUGAUUGGUUUUCCAUCCGUGGGAAAGUCGACGCUGUCAAAUGCGCUGACCAACAUGAACUCUGCAACCGCCGAGUACGAAUUCACCACGCUCACAUGCGUGCCCGGAAUCCUGGUCUACAAGGCGGCUAAAAUACAACUGCUCGAUUUACCGGGUAUCUUAGACGGUGCGUCUGAGGGCCGUGGUCGUGGAAGGCAGGUCAUCGCCAUAGCCAACAGCUGCGACCUUGUCCUUAUGAUACUGGACGCCACCAAGGACGACUCCCAAAAACGUAAAUUGGAACGGGAACUUGAAAAUGCUGGAAUUCGCAUUAACAGGAAGCCGCCAAACAUUUCUUUCAGGCAGAAGAAAACUGGUGGGCUUAACAUCAACCACCUGGUGCCGGUUACCCACCUCAGCGAGCGCGUUGUACAUUCCGUGCUGCACGAGUACAAGAUAUUCCACGCCGACAUCAUCAUCCGCGAAGACGCCACUGUGGACGACCUGAUAGACGUCGUGCGCGGCAAUGUCAAGUACUGCAAGUGCAUCUACGUCUACAACAAGGUCGACAUGUUGUCGCUGCCCGAAAUCGAGGAGAUUGCUUUGCGGCCGAACACUGUGGUUGUCAGCAGCAGCAAGGAGUGGAACCUGGAGCUGCUGAAGGAGCGGAUGUGGGACGAACUCGAGCUGAUGCGCAUAUACACCAAGAACAAGGGAGAGCUACCAAACUUCGACGAGCCCAUCAUCAUGACUCCCCAGCGUGGCGACGGCCGCGUGGCCUCUGCAGUGGAGAUGAUCCACAAGAAGAUGCUGGAUGAGUUCAAGUUCGCACUCGUUUGGGGCGCUAGCGUCAAGCACAACCCGCAGCACGUCGGGUUGCGCCACCAGCUGUGCGACGAGGACGUCAUCCAGGUCUUCAAGAAGAGGUGA